AUGCCUGUUAUUCAAGUGAAACCGAUUUCACUUGACCUCCCUACUGAUUCUACGAAGAGAAACGUGGAGCCUGAAAAGUCAUCGCAGUCUUCCAAAUGGAAAGACUUUGCCUCGAACACAACUCUUCACGGACUGCGAUACAUUGUCCAAAACGGGCUUUCCAUUCACAGGCGAGCGUUAUGGCUGACAUUCCUUUGCGCUUCUGCCAGUUUCUAUACUUAUAACGCAACCAUAAGCUUUGGGAAAUUCAUGUCAAGACCUACAAAGACAGUAAUUACACAAGAAACGCCAACUGGCGGCUUGAAGUUUCCGUCAGUGACCAUCUGCAAUUUAAACAAGUUUAUGAAAUCCAAGAUAGAUAUGGCAGAUGACAAUGAAAACUUUAUAAAAAUGGGAUUGAACAUAAGUGGAUGCCAUGAGACGCGAGAGGUUCGAGGAAAUCUCACUUGUGGCCAAGCAUUCCUGUGUGCUUAUUACAUAUAUGGCCCGGCUGUUGUAAAUGGCUGUAAUGAAACCACGCGCCAGAACAUAAUCAAUGUUCUUACUGGCUCAUCAAAGCGUUUACUGGACGAAGAAAAAUUUCUCACCAACUAUGGGCAUGACUUUGUUGGCUUGUGGUUUAAGUAUUGUAGCUUCGCUUCUCUAGGGCCAUGCUCUGAAAAAGACUUCGUUCGGACUCUUACAGCAAGGUUCAUUUGUUAUACAUUCAACUCUGGGCAUAAUGAAUCCGGUACGAUGUUCUAUUCGAAAUUUGAAGGACCCGACCUUGGCCUCAACAUUAUUCUGAAUGUUCAAACUAAUGAAAGCACACUGAGUGACUUUUCAACCGGAUUAAAAGUGAUUGUGCACAAUCAAAAAGCAUUUGUUAACCCAAAUAGUGGAUUUAACAUAUACCCGGGUACUCAUGCGACAGUUGCGCUCAAGUUAAGGGAGGUUAGUUGA